AUGUCAGUUCCUCAAAUGACCUUCAGCACCCUCAUUAGGGAGAUGGAGGGAAAUAAUACUACUAGGGACUGGGAUGUACUCGUCUCUUACGAUGAGGAAAAAAUCAACAAAGUCUUGGAAAAGAUGGAGCAGGAAACUUCGAAAGACUUCGUGAUCACAAAGAAGGAUGAAGACCCAAAUACCGGUGAUUUAAUUGAUAUCGAAUACCGACUCAAAAUCGCCAAUCCAACUCUACAGUUUACAUUCACCGACAGCGAAGCAGAAGUGUCUUACAAGUUAACCGGUGAUUAUGGCAAGCUCCCGAUCAAAGUCCCAGAUAAUACAACGAUGAAGAUAACCGCAAAGAUUGCUAGUCUCCAAGGCAAGGUAACCACGACUUCGAAGAGUCCGAGCUUUGUCCCAUACAAGGAGGCUAUAGAGGCUCCCGAAAACCAGUGGGUUAAGCAGGGCCCUAAUUAUGUUGUGCGCAUCGCCGACGUAGGACAUGCUCAGGGAGUUUGUAUUAUUUUCCGAAAGUGCAGGGUUACUUUGCACAAUAAAAGUCAAGACGAGACAGUUCAACGCCGGGUAGCAAGUAUUGAGGCAGCCGUUAGGCAAAACAUAUCGGAUGAAAUGGCGGAAUCCGGCUUCCACUACGUCGUCAGUGCGGUCAACGCACCGGUCCCUUUAGUAAGGGAGACUACAUCUGUGACCCUAAGACCAAAGUCCUUCUGUUUCUCGUUCUAUCAGCGUGAUGAAGCGAACAAACGACCCGGGGCGUUGAUAAUGUGGAUUGGAGUCGAUGGAGGCUACAACAAUGGGGACCAUGAAGAAGGUUCAACGUCGCUUCAUUUCCAACCAGGGGAUCGGGAGGUUAAUCCAAUCCCUCAAAAAAGCAGUGCCAGUAUUAUAAUUAUGCAUGAUCUCUUGGCAAGGAAGUUUCUCAUGCCCGCUUUAGAGACAAAACUUGAUAAUGUCUGCCUGAAUUCGACGAAAGGAACGAAAGGGAUGGAGUUGACCGGGAGCCUCCGCAACACGGAAAUACGUAUUGGGCGGUAUGAAAAAAGAUAUAAAUGUGGUUUAUUCAAUCAAUACGUCUGCAAAGAGGGCUUCGAUGGUGUGAAAACAAAUUGCGACAAGCCCAAAACAAAAAUAGUUAUUUCACCACGGCCCGUUUCAAAUGGAGAUUCUGUUACCUUAUCAUACGAAAGCGAUAGAUUACAGAGCGAGUGGUAUUCCGACACAGGAACGGGAGGACACAUACCAUAUAAUGAUAUGUAUUUCAACUUCGAGUGGGCGGGGACCGGCAAAUGGGAGGCAGCGGAGGGCGAUAAACCAAACAAAAUCAGGCUCCGGUUUGAAAAUACGAAUGAGUGGAUUGUUAAGGUGUCCGGGUCGAAGCCGCCUUGGUGGAUCCCUGAUGAACCUGACCGUCUUCCUAACGUGUACGAGAAGUUAGUGAUGAAGGUCGACAUUGACAUCCCCAUCGCCGAGCUGGACUACUUCCUCACUACAAAUCUGCUCUUUCCAGGCCAACAUGUGUUUAAGGCCCAUGCUCCAUACACCAAAGGCGACGAUCACAAAGGACUUGCGGUGCCUCGUGACCUUAUUCUUACUGGAGAUGUAAAUGACAAGCUGGCGGACUCAUACUCAACCGCUCAUUCCUCCAGAACCAGCGUUCUCUAG